GCGCGUCAGGCGCGUCCGCACUUCUGGAGCCUGCAGGUAACGCCCCCACCCCGCCCCGCCAGUUGUUGUGUUGUCAUCACGUGGCCUGGGCGGGCCCUGACGUAAGGGCAGGGGCGGGACCGCGCAGGCGCAGAAAAGGGGGCGGGGGACUCGGCUUGUUGUGUUGCUUCCGGAGAACCGGAGACGGUCCUGCUGCGGCCGCAGCUCUUCCAGUCACUCGGCAUGUCGUCCCACUUAGUCGAGCCGCCACCCCCCCUGCACAAUAACAACAAUAACUGCGAGGAAGGGGAGCAGCCUUUGCCCCCACCAGCCGGCCUCAACAGUUCCUGGGUGGAGCUUCCCAUGAACAGCAGCAACGGCAAUGGUGACGGCAGUGGGAAGAACGGGGGGCUGGAGCACGUCCCUUCCUCAUCCUCCAUCCACAAUGGAGACAUGGAGAAGAUUCUGCUGGAUGCACAGCAUGAAUCAGGACAGAGUAGUUCAAGAGGCAGCUCUCACUGUGACAGCCCUUCCCCACAAGAAGAUGGACAGAUCAUGUUUGAUGUGGAAAUGCACACCAGCAGGGACCACAGCUCCCAGUCAGAAGAAGAAGUUGUAGAAGCAGAGAAGGAAGUUGAGGCUCUGAAGAAAAGUGCAGCUUGGGUGUCAGACUGGUCCAGCAGACCUGAAAACAUUCCCCCCAAGGAGUUCCACUUCAGGCACCCUAAACGUUCUGUGUCUUUAAGCAUGAGGAAAAGCGGAGCCAUGAAGAAAGGGGGCAUUUUCUCUGCAGAGUUUCUGAAGGUGUUCAUCCCAUCUCUCUUCCUUUCUCACGUCUUGGCCUUGGGGCUGGGCAUCUAUAUUGGAAAACGACUGAGCACCCCUUCUGCCAGCACCUACUGAGGGAACGAAAAGUCCUGGAAAUGCGUGUAACCUGUGAAGUGGUGUAUUGUCACAGUAGUUUAUUUGAACUUGAGACCAUUGUAAGCAUGACCCAACCUACCACCCUUAUUUUUACAUAUCCAAUUCCAGUAACUCUCAAAUCCAGUAUUUUAUUCAAACUCUGUUGAAGCAUUUUACUAACCUUAUUCCCUUUUUGGCCUAUAGGACACUUUAGAAUUUCCUAACAGAGUUUACUGUUGUUUAGAAAUUUGCAAGGGCUUCUUUUCUGUAAAUGCCACCAGCAAAUUAUAAUUUUGUCAACGAUGCUGUUAUCUCCAGUUGGUGUCACCAGACUUAGACCUGUAUCAUUCAUGGUAUAAAUUUUACUCUUACAACAUAACUCCCAUCUUCCCCUUAAAAUGAGAUCAGGUUAGCAAAUCAUAUAAAAAAAGCUUUGUUGUUGUUGUUUUUCUUUUUUUAAGACAAAGGCAAGCUUCUCUAAGCUUGAAUUUAUAGUUAUUGAAAAGAAAACAAAAACAAACAAAAAAAAGCAAAACAUAAGAAAAAAAUCCUGGGCAAUAAAAAAAAUUAAACCA